AUGUCAUUCAGAGGAACCAAAUUCAACCAGAUCCCAACUUCAAACCAGUUCAAUCCACCGCAGACACAGUUUGGCCAACAGCAACAGCAGCCGAAGAAGAACUGGAAACAACAGUUCGAGCAAUUGUCUGGGAAAGUGGAGGAAGCUUUGGAUCACCCGGUGUUGAAAAUAGUUCAACCGUAUAUUCCACAGAUCGGAGGGUUUUUAAUCGUUGCAACGUUUUUCGAGGAUUCCAUAAGAAUCUUGUCACAAUGGUCGGAUCAGGUGUUUUACCUUUGGAACUAUAGACACAUCCCUUACUACCUUGUGAUUGUUCUCUUGGUGCUUUGUGUUGUGACCAUGUUGGCCGCUUCGACACUGAUCGUUUUGAAGAAACACCAACUCUAUGCUUCCGCGGCGUUGAUAGCCAUCGUCCUUGUCCAGGGACUCAUGUAUGGCCUGUUCAUUGCGCCAAACUUCAUUUUGAGAAAUGUGUCUCUUGUUGGCGGGUUGUUGAUCGCCCUCAGCGAUACUCUUGUCAAGGAGAAAAUGAGAUUUGCCGGAUUACCAGAUAUUCACUCCAACAACGCUUACAAGGGAUAUGUCCUAUUAGCGGGAAGACUCAUGUUGGUGUUUAUGUUCUUCUCCUUCGCAGCAACCAAGAGCUGGCCAACAACGAUAAUCACCUUCAUCGGGAUCGUCUCUAUCGCUGCAGGGUACAAGACAAAGUUCGCCUCCGUCAUCCUCAUCACCAUCUUGACUUUCUACAACUUUACUCAAAACCCUUACUGGUCUGCAACGUCCGAUUCCAAGAGAGACUUCCUCAGAUACGAAUUCUUCCAGACGUUAUCCAUCAUUGGUGGGUUGCUGUUGGUUGUCAAUACCGGUGCAGGCGAGUUGUCCAUCGAUGAGAAGAAGAAGAUCUAUUGA